AGGGUUUGCAGUAAUGUAUCUGGAAUGGUUAAAAUCUGUCUAAGAAACAUUUUAAGGGAUCCUCCAUGGGAAGGGCUGACGAAGGAGAAAUACCUUUAUUUUUGCAUUUUCACAUGGCCUUUUCACAUGCUAGGACUCUUGCCUGUUUUCUGUACCAAGUCGGCAGCCAGGCCUCGCAGAUCUAAAUGAAGCAUUACUGAACAAAGGCACUUUAUGUUUUGAACUCUGUGCCCUGAGUCUACACCACCAGCCUGGCCUGGCAUUUAUGUUAAGCAAGAAGAGAAACCCUGGGCUGAAAAUUCCUAAAGAAGCAUUUGAGCAACCACAGACAAGCUCCACGCCACCCAGGGAUCUAGACUCCAAAGCCUGCAUCUCUAUUGGUGAGGAGAACUUUGAGGUGAAAGCCGAUGACCUGGAGCCCAUCUCCGAGCUGGGACGAGGUGCGUACGGGGUGGUGGAGAAGAUGCGGCACAUGCCUAGCGGGCAGAUCAUGGCAGUGAAGCGCAUCCGAGCCACGGUGAACAGCCAGGAGCAGAAGAGGUUACUGAUGGAUCUGGAUAUCUCCAUGAGGACGGUAGAUUGCCCCUUCACCGUCACCUUUUACGGGGCACUUUUCCGAGAGGGAGACGUGUGGAUCUGCAUGGAGCUGAUGGAUACCUCACUGGACAAAUUCUACAAACACGUCAUUGACAAAGGCCUGACAAUUCCCGAGGACAUCUUAGGGAAAAUAGCCGUCUCUAUCGUAAAAGCACUAGAACAUCUACACAGUAAGCUCUCCGUCAUCCACAGAGAUGUAAAGCCCUCUAACGUGUUGAUCAAUACACAGGGGCAGGUGAAAAUGUGCGAUUUUGGAAUUAGCGGUUACCUCGUUGACUCGGUUGCUAAAACCAUGGAUGCGGGAUGCAAACCCUACAUGGCUCCUGAAAGAAUUAACCCGGAGCUCAACCAGAAGGGGUACAGCGUCAAAUCUGAUAUCUGGAGCCUGGGCAUCACGAUGAUCGAGCUGGCCAUCCUGCGCUUUCCCUACGACUCCUGGGGGACGCCCUUCCAGCAGCUCAAGCAGGUGGUGGAGGAGCCGUCGCCGCAGCUCCCGGCAGACAAGUUUUCAUCGGAGUUUGUCGAUUUUACCUCGCAAUGCUUGAAGAAGAAUUCCAAAGAACGGCCAACAUAUCCAGAGCUUAUGCAACAUCCUUUCUUCACCCUGCACGAAUCCAAAGAGACAGACGUCGCCUCUUUUGUCAAACUCAUCCUGGGAGACUGAGAACUGGACUUGUAUAUGAAUUGCCCUUCUGUGGACUGGUGGGUGCAGGGGAGGGGCGCGUGGCAGGACUUGUCAUGAAAGCACCAACAGAAAGUCGCCGUGUUUUGUUUUGUUUUGUUUUUAUUCUGAGAAACCCCCGCCUCGCCGAAGUUUUUAAAAGGGUUCUUUGGUAUCCAUAGUGACAUAGAACGAGCUGGUUAGUGAAAUGAAUUUUAAUAAGGUUGGUAACCUUAAAACAAAAACAAAACAACAAAAAAAAAUUAAGAGUGAUUUACAUAUUUAAUGACAGUCAAAAUCCCUCUUCCUAAUUUCUCCUUAUUCCCUUUUCCUUCCUCCUGAACCAGAAUUUGCUUUGUCAUGGUAAUAGGUGCUAUGGUAGUCAUGAAGUUGUAUGUAGAUUUAUAUUUUGUCCCUUCCAUUAUUUUAAUAUUUAUGUUAAGUGCUUGAUGGAAUAGAUUUCUGUUUUAUAUGAGGAUGAAUGUGUGGUGACAAUGAUGAUGCUAAAUGAGGCCGCAGCAAGCGAUAGUUCUAGGGCUUUGCUGGGGUAAAGGUGUCAAAGGAGAAGAGAAAGAAGAGAAGUGUCUGUGUCGUGGAAAAUAUUUAACAUGCAUCUUAAAAAGAAUUUAUAAACAAGGAUCUCAGCUCAGCUACUCGAGCUGCCUUCACGGGGUGCGAGGCAGCUCGCAGCUGCACUAUAAGGCAGGGAGACCCUGGCGUCCCGUGAGGUCUCCUCUCCUCCAGAGACCGUGCUCCGAGUCUGGGCAGCACAGCCCGGCCAGCCUGGUGCUUGCGGUGCUCUGCCGGCCUCCUGCCUGGGGAAAGCCCCUGCCCUGCGUCCCACACACUUACUCUGCUUUAUCGGGCAGGUGAUGAGGUCCGGGGCGGGAAGAUAUUGUGGGAGACUGGCUGGGAUCAAAGCCCCAGAGGGAAAAGGCUUGUCCAGUAAGUUGCACAGAGAUCAGGAGGAGGCUGCAGUGGCUGGUCCUCACCUGCCCUUGUACCCAGCAGCGUUGCAGUGUCUGGGGUCACCUGGGCUGGGGAUGUGCUGCUUUGGGUCUAAAAGGGUGUUCCUCUCUCCUUCUCCAGAUGGGAAAGGCCAACAGUCUGCAUAGCAGGGACAUCGUGGUGCGAGUUUCCAGGGCUCUCAGCGCUGCCUCGGCAGCAAUCUCUCUGUGCUUGCCCGUAGACUUUGGGAGUGCUAGCGAGCUCCCCUGGAGCCUGUGCUGGCGUGCGGUUUGGGCUGUGUCCAGCGCUGAUCGGGAUGCUGAAGGCAGCUGGGAGUGCUGGGCUCCGGCACAGGCUGCAGGUGUCCCCCGUGAGAGCGGCAGCUGGGAAAACCACACAGGGAAACCACAGCCCACCCAUACCAGGAGCUUGUUGCUGUUGGCCAGGUCCUCAGAGAAAAGCUGCGAGCCAAGGGCAGGAGCACGGGGGCUGUCUGGGUGGCUGGGGAAGAUGGUGUAUCACGCUGCUUUUAGGUAAGGCGGUUACUUUCUAGAGAAGGGGGGAACUGUGCGCUGCAAGACAGUGCCAUCGGUCUGGAGCAAGGCCACUUGCUCCAGAUUGAUGCUGGUUUGACUGAGCCAAACCUGCACAGCUGCCUUGCUCGGCUCUGAGGCCUUUGCCUUUGCCUGUGGCUCCUUCCCACAGCCCUGCAAAGGGGAGCCUGUGUGCGGCUGAGCUGCAGUGUGCGUGCGUGCCUUGUGCCCCUCUGCGUGCUUCCCUUCCCCACCCAUCACUUCUGCACAGGCUCUUGAAGCCAAAUCCCAGCGGGAAGCAUGUCUUGCCCUGCAACAUUUCAGUUGCCUGGGGUGGAAUUCAGCCUGGGAUCCUGCCCUUUCUCUCCAGUUUAGUGGCUUUGGUCUCCAUUGAAGUAGGUUGGGCUUCUGGACUAGCCUGAGCAUCCACCUGGGAAGCGACCCCUUGGAAAGGCCGACGAGGAGGGCAGUGUUUGGAGCAGGGAUCCCUGUGGUACCACUAGCACCUGGGCCAUGCCGACCACUUCGAAGAGGUGCAGACACCGCCAGUGCCUGGGCUGCCACUGUCACCGUCACGGCCGUGGCUCGUGGUGCCCACAGAGGUGGCUGUGAACCCUAAACCCGUGCUGCUCUGCCCUGGGGCCAGCAUCAAAGGGGAUGGGGCUGCAUUGCUCCCGAGGAUUCAUUGAUCCUUGUGCCCCUGAGCUAUGGAGCGGGGUGGAUUGAGGUGAGCUCACACAGGUCAAGGUGCAGGAGUUUCCUUGCUGCAAAGAGCUCUGGGGUCAUGCAGGCUUUGGGGUGGAGGUUCCCCUUCCUCAGCCUGUGCUUCACGAGCCUGCCCGAGCCUCAGUAACGAUGAGCUCCGUAUUCCACUUCGUGUCGAGGAGAACCUUUCAGGUCACAUUUCGUUGCGGAUGAAACACAAAAGAUGUUUUACUUCACAGUGUAAUUUUAAAAGGCCUCGCAUGGCUCAUAAUCUGCCCUCUCAUAUUCCAUGGUGUGUGUGUGUGUUUUCUCUCUCUCACUUUCUCAGAGUCACAGAGCUGUUUUGAUUGAUUGUCCUCAGCUGCAGCUGAAAGUCCGGCCAGCCAGUUUAUAGAGUUGGUUCCAGCAUCAAUUCUCGCUUUGAAAAACAUGACAUUUAAAACCACCCUUUGGUUUUCCUACAUAUGGAUCUGAUGCUUUUGUUAAAGAUUGUUUUUGCUGCUUUUCUCCUGGAAUAUAAGUCUCGUUUGGACACCGCAUCUCCUUGACCUCACAGCACCUUUAUUUCAGUGCCAUUGUAAUUGACAGGUUGAAUUUAUGAGAUACUGUCAAAGUUCAGUAUUAAUAGCAGAUAUUAAUGUCACCAGCGUUUUCCAAUAGAAAAUUAAUGUCAGUGUUGUCUGCAGCUAGUAACCCUCUAAAAUGAUUCCUGCAUGCCUCCACACUACAUGCUGAGUGCUUUCUUUUAUGCUUUUUGCUCUUGCAGUGCUUGGGCCGUCUAAUCCCUUUGUUUUAAUGACAUUACAAUAGAACAUGCAACAAAUCACUUCGCUUCCCUCUUGAUUCUCCAUGACUUUGUUCCUUUAAAAGUCAUUUACGUCAGCCCAGAGCAAGUGUGAAUCCUUAUGACCAGCGUGAGUAAAAGCAGCGAUCCGCGUGAUCACCGCUGCGGAAGGUACUCACAGCAGGAGAGUCACACGGAGGCUCUGCCUCUUCAUCUCUUGUAGAAUGUGUGGACACAAAGCUUGGCCUGAUCCAGGAUUUUCUUAGAGAGAAGCCUGAGCUGGUGGCCUCAGUGCAGGGAGGAGAGCCAGGGACUCCUGCGUGCUUAAAAGCUGAAAACAUGCUGGGUUGAAAGACAGAAAUCAGGCUCUUUUCUCUUUCCUUUGAUCGUGAGCUCUGUAAAGAUGAAAAGGCUUUGGUCAAUACUCAAAAUCUAGUUAGACUAUACCAUGAGCACAGGUUGGCCUGUGGCAGGCAUGAAUUCAGGGACAUCAAGCCCUUCCCAGCCACCAUGCCCCCCGACCAGUCCUGGUGCUGAGCUGAAGCUGUUUUCCAAAAGGCUUUUUUGUUUCCGACAGCACUGCAGGCAGCACGCAGGGUGUUAGAUUGUCCUGAGUCAGGAAAUUUAAACUGCGAAAGAAGCAGGUCUUAUGCCACGGACCUGAAACAAACCAAAACGCAACAGGGAGCAAAGAGGAGAGGAAAGCUGCCCGGAGCUCAGCACCAAGCUGUGGCCUGGACCAGCAGUGGGAAUUAAUUCCAGCACAGCGAGACGUUCACAGAGCAGCGAGGGCCUCUCUGCUCCUCUCUGCUCCUCUCUGCUCCUCUGCUCAGCCACAGCAGUGGCUGUGGGGCUGAGACAUGCACAGCCCAUCCUCAUGGCAGGAAGAGGGAGACCACAGGGGCAUGAUGUUCCGCUUUUUUCCUCUGACACGCAAAUUCCUUACAGCUCCUGAUGUGCCUGGAACCUCCUGCAUGUUUGAGGCCUGGCCUUGAACUGUGGUGGGCCUGAAAACUACUUUUGGGGAUCCUGCUUGUCCCUUAAACUUGAUGGAGAUAUCGGAGGGCAUUUGCUGGUUACUGUUUUUAAACACCAGGUUCCUGCUGCUGCGGUGGGUGGAAGGCCCAUCCUCUCUGGAGAUUUUCCAGGUGUACAAACUACACAGAUAUCCACGUACUGUAUUUCUGCAUUUUUCCUGCCUUUUGUGGGGCUUAUUGGCAAGGAAGGAGGCAUCUCUGACUUGUUGCGGAGGUGGGACCAUCAGUUCUGGCAGAGGGGAAGGCAUUUGGUAGGUCAGAAGUGGAUCUUAAAACAUAAAGUUGAGCUCCCAGUUUUUUAACAGCUGUGUAAGGAGGUGGUUGUGUGUCUGUUGGGUCAGCGUUAGGUGCACCUUGUGGCAGUGCCGUGCCUGGUUCCAAGGGCAGGAACACCAGCACUCCCAGCCUUAGCCAGGAUUUCUCCGUGUUUUCAGGAAGCUAAGUAUGUACCUGCACGUUUCCCUUCUUUCCUAGACAUUUUGGAAGAGGAAAUCCUGCUCGGCCAAUGCAGCAUUGCUUUAGUGGCUGGUCUGAUGUAGUUCAGACAAGGUUCCCACCAGCUCCCUUGUUUAAUAGACCUCUUUUUUAUUAAAAACAAAACCCAAACUCCUCUCUCAGAAAAGCCAGCCAAGAUGCUCUUUUUUUUUUUUUUUUUUUUUUUCUCUCUUCCAUCUUGUUCCUCUUAGAGGAACUCUGGGAGCCUGUCUUGGUGCUUUCACUCUUCCACAUGCCAAAGAUUGCUACAUCCCUCUUAGUUACGCUCCUGCCAAAGCAGAUCUUAUAGUCUUGCCUCAAAAAUCAUCCACUUCCCUGCUCCUUGGGGUUCCUUUUGUUGCUGUUGCUUUUUCAUUGAAUUUCCUCAUGUUUAUUGACAUGUCUAUUGUUGAGCUUCCUGGACUCAUGCAGCUCUCUUUUUCAGAUACAGAGAAAGACAAAUAGUUGCCUUCACUGGUCUGCUCCCGCUGUUGGGGAAAUACUGCUAGCGAUAUGAUUCCUGCAGAUGGGGAUGGGUCUCAUUUAGAGCUAGGGUCAUGGAGGGUGUAAACUGGCAUUGCUCCAUUGGCUUUGCUGGAAUAAGGCCAGUUUUGUCCAGCUGAGAAUCUGUCCUUACUGUCUAAACAGUUAUUACACACUAAUAAAGAUUAAUGAUUGUAAAUCCCCGCGGAUUAUACAUAAAAUGGCAAGUUUUACUCAUUAAUCUUUAUUGCCAUAUUAUAGCUGUUUAUGUUAGAGGAGUCAUCUCUCUCUGUUCUGAACAUGCACUUAGGAGGAGGGGGCUGAGCUUGGGGCAGACGAAGGGUGGACAUAACAGACCAGAUGUCCAUGUGUUUUACAGUCUGUGUCCUCUCCCCCAAGUCGGUUGUUUCCUUGAAAGCCUUUAACCAGCAGCAAAGGAUGUAUCACAGAGCUUUGUCUGCUUCUCUGGCCUCUGGCUGAGCUAUAAAAUCCAGAUUGUUUCUGGUGAGAAGGGAUCAGAUCUCCUAAUUAAUAUUUCAGCUCAGCCUUUACUGGAGCAGAUGGAUACUAUGAAAUUUGACGUGUGCUCUGGCAGGCCAGAGCUCUGCAGCACACUGACAUUCGCUCUCCGGACCGUGGCUGGAGGAGAUGCUUUCUGUGCUGUACUCAGCUCUGUUGCAGGUUGAAAGAGUGCAGCUCCUUCAUGUAACCCCACACCACAAAAGCAGUUGAUUUUGUUGUUAAGGAGGGCCAGAAAAAAAAGCUCAUUUUAGUCACAGCCUUUAUGUAUUUGUAGGUGAGCAUAGGCACAGCUAGGAGGUGGUGGCACCAGUGGUCUGGACUCAAAGGUUUGUGUGCUGUAGAAAUGAAGAGGACUCUGAAGACAGUGUAGCAAACUGCAAGGGUGGUUUUAAUGGCAUAGGGACAAAAUAAGUCCUCUGCUAGGCAGCUGGUCUCAGUCCCCUCUGCCAAGGAAGGUCUGGAGGUGGUGGAGAAGAGUGAAGCAGACAGAGAGGAAUGGAUUUAGGGCAUGUGUUUUGUCAUGUGGCCCAGAUUGCCACUGCAUCCCCACUUCUUGCAAGGGAAACUAAAUUUAAAACUCAAAAGAAAACAACUGGGAAAAACUGCAAGUGAACCAGUGCUUGUUGCCUGCUGCAUGGCCUUGUGCACUGCUGCUUCCCCUCUCAAGCUCAUCAAUGAGAUUCCUCGGACAUAGAUAAUGGGAAAAGCUUGGGAAAUGCCUCUGUAGCUGAGAAAGAAGAGGGUAAACAUUUUCAGGUGGCUUAUAACUAACUGAAAAGUGGGAAUAUCUAAUUUACUGGCCACAGGGGCAAGUGAAUUCUGCAGGGAGCCAUGCUGCGGGCAGUGCUGUUCCCAGGAACGAUUGUGGCUCAUGACAUUUAUUACAUGGCCUCCUUCAGUGCACUCCUGGGUUGCUACAAAGCUCUUAGCCUCCAUCGACCCCUUACAUCUCGGUCACCAUUACAUUUUGCAUUUUACUGUCUGGGAUUUUAUUAGCAGCCUUUUUUCUAGGCGGUUGGGCAGAGUGAAGGCAAGGGAAAGGGGCCUCCGGCCAGCUCUCCGCGGAGCGCUUUGGGAGAGGACAGCGCUGCCUGCCUCUUAUCCAGUGCCUGCCCGUGGGAAGCCGCAGCCAGGGCCUCGCUACCCUGCGGGUAUCCAGCCCAAGUGAGAGCUUCCCCGGGCUGUCGGAUUGCUCUCUGACACGCUCUCAUGCUUCACUGCCAUCCCAUUAAAAAUCCCUUCCUGGAAGCAGAGCAGCUCCAGAGUUGCAGCAGCCUCACGGCACAGCAACUCGCCCUUGCCGGCAGCCAGGCUGCGGGCCGGGCGGCGUUUCCUUCCUCGAAAGGCUCUUGGGUUUCUCUAAACGAUGGGGCACGACUCCAGUGGCUGCGAAGUGCCGCGAGGAUAAGCUGGGAAAUGCUUGGAAGCGUCUUAAGUGCGCUGGAAAUAGAGAUGGAAAUCUCAAAAGAUCAGACAGCUUUCGGCAAUUUCCAAAGCUGUGUGGUUUUAGCCAGACCUGAAAACCCUUCCUAGAAGUUUAUUUCAGGGUAUUUUGGUAUGUUACUUUCGCUUUUGGGCCCAGCUAAAUCCAGGAAGCUCAGAAUAGUGUAAUUUUAAAAUAAAGGAUAAACACACCCGCCCCAAGUAUUGCUGAACCGAUCAGGAAGGUUUGUGUUUGGUUUCUCAUACAGGGAGAAUUCAGGCCAGCUCAGUGUUUAUCCUAUUCAUUUUGAUUUUGCCCCAGAUUUUUAUUCUUUGUGAGAAAAUAAGAGAUCAGUCCGUGGUCUUUCUGAAAUGCCUUGACCCGUCAUGCAAGGGUACGAACCAAGUUGUGCCAGAACGCGGCUGGAGAUAAGCACUACAGCAAGAGGUGGCCAACUCUGAGAGAUGGAAAGCAGGCAUGCAGCAGGUGUGCCCAUAGCCUCCAAAAACGUAGGGAGAUAGAUUUUCCCCAGGGUUGCGUGUGAUGGAGGUAUCGGGGUCUGCCAUGUCUCCUUUUGCUGUCUGUUCUUCUAGUUAAGAGCUUUCAGCCAUCUCGGGGUAUCCAGGAACAAUAGCUGAAAGUCUUUGGUAUUUCUCAGCCCAGUUGUAUGCUUUUUUUUUUUUUUUUUUUUUUUUUUCUCUCCAGGAAGAGUACAGUGAAGAGUCAGAAAGGACCAGGUGUCCUUGAUUUAGGCAGCCAGAGGGAAGAGAUGUAGAUUAAGUGCCUUGUAAGAGCCAAAAAGGUGUGUUUAAAGAUAAAUUAUAGCCUGCGCUGUAGCUGUUAAGUCAGGAUCGAAUUUUCACAUCUACAGGUGCAGCUGCAGAGCUCCCCAUCCACAUUUUGCCCAGAGUUUGUCAUGAGUCUUCCAUAAAUAUCUGAUAACACAGCCCAUGCUGCGCGGUGGUCUUAACUCAAAUCAGGGCUCUACAGACAGAAAAAAGUCCGGUACAAAGUACAGUAUCACCAAACCCAGGAUGUGGCUCCGAAAUUUCCCAUAAAUCUAGGUAUGAAGUGCAUUUCCAGAGCUCUGCCACCAUUUCACUUUCUCCAUAAUCAUGAAUGGAGUGGCUUGUGUUUGGUGACGGCUGUCACCGUGCCAGCGGGGCUGCUGGAAAACGUCACAACAUGGAAAACGGUGGGAAUUUGGCGUUUGUUUUUCAAUAGCAAUACAUUGAGGGGAAGCUGCUAUAUGUAGCGUCUUGCAAACUGGGGAUAUGCUGAAGUAAAACUUGUCAUUUCUCACAGAAAAAAAAAAAUAGCUGCCUAAAAAUGUCCAAAAUCUUCAGUUUAAGGAAUGACAGUUUUAUUCGUAAAGAUCCAUGUUUGGCAUCAAAAUAUAUGAAAUUUCUAGAGUUUCUGUCUCUCUGCGUGUGAAAUGUGCUUUCUUGCAAUGGUGGGAAAUAUGUAAAAAGGAUAUUUCUAUGUACUUUCACUAAAAAAAUAAAAAAUAACUGAGCUGAAUGGAAAAGCAGCCACUUCCCAGUGGUCUGCUGGUGUUGAAGAAGACACAGGCAAAGCAGCUGUGUUUUGAACACAUUAAAAAGAGAAGACUUCCAGCCUACUGUAAUGCAAGUCCUUAUUGUAUUUUAUUUUAUUUUAUUUUAUUGGGGUGUUUUUUUUUUUUGUUUUUUUUUUUUUGUUUUUUUUUUCAGUACCAUCAUUUAUUUCAUAACUGUGAAAGUCUCUGCUUUUCCUUACACGUGGAAAGCUGAUUAUUCUUUCUCAUGUUCUUAUUAUUUAUUAUUUAUCCAUUCCUGGUACUACCCAAGAUGUGGUCCCAGCCUGCCCUCGAGCUAUAUUGAAUCACUCUAGUAUCUCCUGACAGCUGGGAUAGCAAGUGUCAGUAGGUGGCUAAUUAUUAUUUUAAAUUAUAUAUAGAGCAGUUCAGUUUUUCUUUUAGUGACCCAGUUUGCUCUGGAAUUGGAGAUUCCAGAUAAGCAAGGUUUUUUUUUUUUUAUUUUUUUCUUUUUUUUAAAUAUUUUUUCCACUUAAUUCUUUAAAUGUUUUGGGGUAUUCUGAAUAAGGCUACUCACUUUUUUGCUGUUGUUUUUAAUAGGAAAAGCACCAGAUGAGUUGUAGUUGUUCCUUCGGGAGGGCACUGACUAGCACCAGGGUCAGUUUAGCUGCCACAAACGCUCAGUGCCGUGGCUUCAUUAACCAGCAGCGCACUGGAAUUCCAAGAAAAGGAUUGUUCUCCACCUGAGGAAUAACACCUGGCUUGUGAUGGCCUGGGUUUGUCUGAACCUUAUCAGAAAAAAGCUUGGAGUUUUGUGUUAGCCCUCGGGGCAGCGAGGCGCUGAGGCCUGCCUCUGGCCAAACACCUGCCCUGGUGAGGAGGCCACGAGUCCUGCCCAUGAGAGGCUGUGCUUGCUCUGUAGGAGAUACUGAGACAAAAUCCCAUACGUGUGCCCUGCAUGAGUCUGUAAGGACUGGCACCUCACAAAUACGUGCUUUUUGUUCUUUUCCUCCUGUCCCCCUCUUCGCAAAGGUGCCUUGCUGCUCUGCUGCUUCCAAAGCCUCCCCGGCCUUGCUGUGGUGCAUCUGUUUUCUAACAGCUUGCAUUGGUUUUCUGGUUUGUUUUUUCUUCCCCCUAUGUAUAAGAAACGUUGGGUAGCAGAAUGUGGAAUUCAUUAGAAGUUCAUAAAGCAGGGACCUCAGAAGGAUGUGGGUAUAAAUGCUUUUCAGGCAUCUGAGGUGAACUUUAAAUGGAGCUUUGGCCCUCAUUUGCUUUCUGCUUUUCAAAUACCAUUUAUGAGAAAGUGGAGCUGUCAAAGCCACGCAUGAACUUUGCCUUCUUGUGAAUAACUCGUCUCAAAGUAAAUUGUCAGAAUGUACCAGGAACUCGUCUCGAAGUAAAUCCGGUAGCUCUCCAAGGCUGGAAGCAUGCGUUGGUGUGUGUGUGUGUGUGUGCAGGGGUGAGUGCCGCGAGCAGCUGCCAUUUUGGAGAUUUAAAAAACACAAUGCGAGUGUUUUCAAAAAGGGCAAUGUAAAAUAUUUAUUUCUUGGCAAAAGCGCAUCAGACCACAUCUCCCAUCCUUCUUUUAAUUGCUUCAUGUUUGUUUUUGUUGUCUAAGUCUUUGCUGGCCUGCUUCCUCUGCAGCGCUCGCUGCUGCUCGGCAGCCCGUCACCUCACACAACCCCUCUGGCUGCGAGGGAGCGUGUGGCACUGGGCAGCCCACCGGAGCUCACAAGAAUCAAAACUGCUCCCAUCGUAAUGCCAGGCCCCACAUCGUAGCUUUGGGUGAGGGUGGAUGCGGAUUGGAAGCUUUGAGUCCCCACGCUUCUCACCCUGGCUUGGCUAGCGCUGGUGAACACAUGCUGGAGGUUUAUUGAGCAGAAAGCAGGUGCUGUUGUCUUUGUGAGAUGCCGCCUGGGUUCUCCCCGGUGCUGAAUGAGGUUCGCAGUCAGGCAAAACUGCACGUUGGAGGCAGGCAAAACUUCCCAUGGGAGGCAGGCAGGCACUGCAGAGCCCCUGGGUGCCCCCAUGCACCAGAGCACAUCGGUGGUCCCCCAGCUGCUGGCCCCUACGGCUUCACGUCCGUGCUCUCUGAAGCACUUCUAACCUGUGUUGUCUUCAUUCAUCUCAAAGCCGUUCCUCAUACUAUGAAGAUGAUAAAUAGUAGGAAACUGACAGUAGGACCAUGUGCGUAACAUUAGAUAGGCUUUUAUUUAACGUUGUUUUAAUGAGAUGCUUUUAGGAUCUGUGUUGUACUGGAUUAAGGACAUUGGUGGAACAAUUGAACUGGUAUUCUUUAACCCUGGCUGCCCCAGGACCGUUCCGUCUGCCCUCUUCCUUUGAAAAAAAAA